UGCCUCCUGCCAUACAGAAACUUGAAAAGUUUUCCUUUAACAUCGCUCUGUCGUUAGGGCGAAUGGAAAUGGGAAAUUGCGAAUUUAGAUUUUUAGGUCCGGAUAACAACAAAUGUGUUUAUUCUAAUGCUGAAUAAAUUGUUGGCAUUUGUCGUUUGGCUAAUGACGAAUUAGGCAUUUAAGCCUAUCGUUCGCAUACGUACAUCCGGAAAAAAAAACAUUAAUUACUUGGCUCGCAUGUAUAAAUUUAAAAAGAAAAUAGCAAUGUGGUCAUUUACCGCAUUUACGUUCAUUCUAAGUUAACAUUUCAUAGCAAAUUGUUGUUUUGAUACAAGUACAUUUAGUGCUUAUAUGUAAGCGACAAUUAGAUAUGUGUUUGUGUUCCAAAAUUUAUUUAAUCGCCCUGGUAGCAGUAUCUGUCGCUAUCGAAAGCAAUAAAAUUCCAAGUGUUACAACUUUCCCCGUUUAUUGGAACGUACCGACGUUUCAGUGUGAUUCUCACAAAAUUAAUUUUACAACUCUUGCAAUUAAAUAUGGGAUAAUUCAAAAUGAGAACGAUAGAUUUAGGGGUAGUAAACUGGCGAUCCUGUACGAUCCAGGCGCUUUUCCUGCCAUUCUAAAAGCCAAAGAUUCUAGUAAAACUGUGCUACGCAAUGGGGGAAUACCCCAAAGAGGGAAUCUAACUUUCCAUCUCGAUCUCUUUAACGAAACUGUAAACAAUUUAAUAGAAGAUGUCGACUUUAAAGGCUUAGGCAUUAUCGAUUUUGAAAGUUGGCGCCCCAUAUUCCGGCAAAAUUUUGGAACGUUGACACCCUAUCAGGACUUAUCAGUGAACGAAUUAAAAAAAUUACAUCCCUUCUGGCCCGACAAAAUAUUAAAGCAACAGGCUGCUAGGGAAUUCGAGUUAGCUGCCAAAACUUUUAUGCUAGAGACUCUACUUCUUGCAAAUCGCCUGCGACCUAAUGCAACCUGGGGUUAUUAUCACUACCCCUACUGCUUUAACAUGUCACCAGCUAACAGUCGAACCAAUUGUCCACAACAUGUCGUGAUGGAAAACAACAAAAUAAGUCCUUGGUUGUUUCGUAAUUCAGACAAUUUACACCCUUCGAUUUAUAUGUCCGAAAAUUAUUUGAAUGUUACCGAAAAAGUGCGCAUGGUGGUAGGGCGUGUCAAGGAAUCCCAAAGGAUUUUGACGAGUAUGGACUCAAAAAAACCGUCGGGAAUUUAUCCCUAUUUCUGGUAUAAGUAUCAGGACACCAGGAACUUUGUUGGAAAAGAGGACUUGUACGAAAUCCUCAAGGUUCUGGGCACCCUCGAUAUAAACGGUUUAAUUCUAUGGGGUAGCAGCAGUGACGUCAAUUCAAGAAACAAUUGCCAAGAAUUGUACAAGUACAUCGAGUUCGUUCUUGGCCCGGCUAUUUUAGAUAAAUGUACAGGCGAAACUGCAAAUCUUCAAGGAGCAAUGUGUCAGAUACGAAAUCCAGAAAGAAAAUGUUCAUUUUUAUACCUCUAUAAUAACUGCUUUCCACAACGUGUACAGUGA